AACCAAGAUGGCGGACGAAACGAUUUGUUUUUCUGGGAGUUCAGCCGAAGAAAUCGAGCAAGCAAAGUUGUUUUGGAAGUCGAUUUAUCCUCCAGCUAAACCUAAAUCUGCUUUAAAUGUUAAAGGCAUAGAUCAUCGGCUUCAUACUGCUCAAAAGCCACAAAACGAAGUCAACUACGCACACCACGGUAUAGAGUAUUUUAAGACACAAGAUAUGGAUCCAGCUUUAGAUCGAUACAAGCAAGACGCAGAAAGACAAAGAAUUCUCGAAGAAGCAGAAUACGCAGAAAAAAUGCAAGAAUUCAGAAAAGAGGCACAAUAUCUCAAUCAAAAAAGAAAGCAAGAGCGAAUGAAGAAAGAAGAAAUUUCAAGCAAAGUCAUGCAACGAACACAUGACCAACUGAUUCAAAUUUCAGAUUCAGAAGAAGAGGACGAAGAAGGAAGACAAGCCAUGGAUGACAUCGAAAAAUUUGAAGCCAGACUUGUACAACAAGAAAAGCUCAAACCAAGUUGAAUGCCCACUGGACUGAGGAUCAGUCAGGGAAUUAAAACUCUUUAUGAAGCAGCUAGAGCUAAAGAUAUCCAAAGUUAUUUUUUCAAAUAUUUAUUGAAGACAAAUUGUCUGCGUUUGUAAAUAAAUUCAUUCCUUUGGC